AAAAAUCUUCUAUAACGUGAUUACGUGAACCAGUCGCAAUAAUUCUGCGGCAGGAUUCCUGCCACACUAUUCGUCCCUGUCUCAGCUGUAUUUGUACAUGUUCCAAAACUUGUCAGCUCACGUGGGCUGGAUCGCAAACAACUUCUAAAAUUGAACAACAACGACUUCAAACAAACAAUCAUUCACACCCCGAAGGAGGAGGAGAAGAGAAGCCAAAACGAUUUCUUCUUCUUCUUCUUCUUCCUCAGUCUCAAUUCGAUUGAUUCAAUUUUCCAUCUAAACCAUGAAUAAACAAGAGCAAGAACUGCAGAACCCCACCUCGAAUCCCAAGAAAUCGAUCCCGCCGUACAUGAAGGCAGUGUCGGGUUCAUUGGGAGGGAUCAUGGAGGCAUGUUGUUUGCAACCCAUCGACGUCAUCAAGACGAGGUUACAGCUGGAUAGGACGGGGACUUACAAGGGAAUAAUCCACUGCGGCGCAACCGUAUCGCGUACGGAAGGCGUGCGGGCUCUCUGGAAGGGCUUGACUCCCUUCGCUACACACUUGACAUUGAAGUACACGCUUCGAAUGGGGUCAAAUGCGGUGCUUCAAUCUGCUUUUAAGGACUCACAAACUGGGAAAAUUAGUAAUCACGGUCGAAUUCUUUCUGGGUUCGGUGCUGGUGUUCUUGAAGCACUCGCUAUUGUUACUCCUUUCGAGGUGGUGAAAAUUAGACUGCAGCAACAGAGAGGGCUGAGUCCUGAGCUUCUAAAGUAUAAGGGUCCAAUACACUGUGCUCGUUUGAUCAUCCGUGAAGAAGGGCUCCUUGGACUCUGGGCAGGGGCUGCCCCAACUGUUAUGCGCAAUGGGACAAACCAGGCUGCCAUGUUCACAGCUAAAAAUGCUUUUGAUGUAUUUUUGUGGAAGAAACAUGAAGGUGAUGGGAAAGCCCUUCAACCAUGGCAAUCUAUGAUAUCGGGAUUCCUUGCAGGAACAGUUGGUCCAGUAUGCACUGGUCCCUUUGAUGUUGUCAAAACAAGGUUAAUGGCACAGAGUCGGGCUGGGGGUGAGUUGAAGUACAAGGGCAUGAUCCAUGCUAUCAGAACAAUAUAUGCUGAGGAGGGGCUUCGUGCCUUGUGGAAAGGACUGCUGCCUCGGCUCAUGAGGAUCCCCCCUGGCCAGGCCAUCAUGUGGGCUGUGGCUGACCAAGUGACUGGUUUUUAUGAGAGAAGAUAUAUUCACAAUGCACCCUUGUAGGUAUUGUUUACAUUGUUUUGCUUGUUUUGGUUCAUUGUGCCAAUGCAAGCAUAAAGCAAUAGAUUACUUCAAUAUUUCUUCAUAUAGUUCUUAGGUUUCUCCAAUUGAACACUACUUUUAAUAACCAACUCAAUAUUUUGUGUUCGUGGACAAGGGAAAUGUGGGUAGUUUCAAUCGCAAGAUUCCCUCAACCUUAAUGCCAAUUUUAGACAGCAAGGCGAGAGAAAGUUCCUAUAAACUUCUUGUUUUUCACAGGAUUUAACGUAGACAGUCAUUUUGAUGGAGAUUUCUUUGUUACAAGUUGCAUUUGUUUUUGUAUUAGGAAAUAGGAAUCAUAACCUGCUUGUAUGGGCACAAUACUUGCAGCAGUUCCCUGUAACACCUGAAAAUAGAAAUCAGUCCAGGCAUAUGAUCUUUACCCAGCUAUUUCUGUUUGCGGUAUUAGCAUCGCAAUUUUUUAUUAUUGGAUAUCGGCUGAUCAGAUGUUUGCUAUUUCCUAUCUAGUAUGUAUUGUAAAAGCAUCCAUUGGUAAUUUGAUUUUAAAGCGGGCUUUGAAUGCAUUUUAUAAU